GGAAAUCUCCCUCACACUUUUCGUCUACCAUUGCGAAGUGUUGUUGAUAGUGGCGUGGUUGCAGUUUAAUUUUCGAGCGUGCUACGAUCACAUGUUGAUAUGAUAUUGAUAAACAUCAGUGCUUUGAUAUUAUAGGAUUUUCAACCGUUUUUUAAGUGAAUUUUUUUGUGCUUCUGCAGUAUGUGUGAUUAUUGAUAUUAUGUUGAACGGAAACCAAUAUUUGAGACCUGAAUAUUUAUCCCCCUUGUCCACAACUUUGGAUACCAAAAAAAGCCCGUUGGCUCUUCUUGCUCAAACAUGUAACAGCAUUGGUGCUAAUAUUGGGAGUGACAACCCAAACAACAAACACGUCAUAUCUGGACUUGAAAAGACCAAAGACAGUAGCGACUCAAAGAAAGACAAGUCACCUGUUAUUAUCAGUGAUGAUCAUAGUAACAGCAAACCAUCUUUCAAACCGUAUGAAUCUGUCAUCAAGAAAGAGGAAUCUGACUUCAACGGCAAAAAGACGCCCAAUUCAAAGACUAGUACACCGUCAUCUGUUAAUCACAUAUCUCCAGCAAUAAGCACUGGUUCUUGUGGGAAAAGCUCGCCAGAUGCAUCUGAAAAUGGCAGAAGCAGUUCUCACAAACAAUCGGAAUCAACUGUAUCUCACGCGCCUUCAACUACCUCUGAUACCUCUCCUUCAACUUUGAGUUCUUCUCAAAAUACCCUGAGCGGACUAGGGUAUGGUUCAUCUUCUGGCUUGGACUUGACGCGUAAUGAUGGCAAGGACGGUUAUCCUCCACUUGGACUUAGUGCUUACAAGGGCUUAGGUUUGAAUCCCUUAGCAAAUUGUAAUGGUUGUGGUCCGAUUCCAGGACAUGGCAUGGAUGCUCAUGCUUUUCAAGGAGUUGCUCAAAGUGGUUUGCUUAAAGCAAAUGGUUUUGGUUUGACACCAGGACUAUCACCUUAUCUUGGAUAUGCGAGGCUAAGAACUGCUAGUGGUGGUCAUGCUAUAGUACCAGUCUGUAGGGAUCCGUCAUGCACGAACUGUCAAUAUAGUAUGCAAGGUGCUCAACUUUCUCCCUGUCCUAGUGGGUGUACGCAGUGCACGCAUGACCGAUUAGGAUCUGUUCCAGGAUUGGGACAAGGACUAGUUCCUGGUUUGAAUAGCUCAGUAGCUGCCAUGGCUGCAGCUGCCAGCAUGUCUGGUUUAUAUCCUCCUUCGUUGAUGUCCAGGCCAAAUGUUUGUAGCUGGGUUGUUGGUGAUACGUAUUGUGGCAAAAGAUUCAGUACUUCUGAGGAGUUGCUGCAGCAUCUUAGGACUCACACGAACUUACCAACUUCUGAGCCAUCAUUAUCACUGCUGUCUCCAGCAUUUAGCCUGGCGUCAUCGAACUUGAAUGCUGCGUGCCAUAUGCAUUUUAGCUCACCUACCACUUUAACUUCUCCAGCUGGUCUAAGAAGGACAUAUCCAACUAGUUUAAGCCCUGUUAGUUCACUCUCUGCUGCAAAUCGAUAUCAUCCGUAUAAGCCUACCUUAUCAGGUUUACCCGGAGCACCAAUUCCUCAAUUAGGACAUCCAGGUUUAGGUGUAUACUAUCCUUACAGUCUGUAUGGGCAGAGACUUGGACCACCAGUACAUCCUUAGCUCGCUCAUAAACAAUCUAUAUUUGUAUAGGUUUUUCAUUGAUAUUCAGAAAAUUCUAAAUUAUCUUCAAAAUGCUUUAUUACUUUAAUAGUUUCUAUGACCAAAGCAAUGACAUAAUUUAAGUGUAUAUAUAAUAGACUAAGUUACUAAAGAAUUCUGACAAAGCAAAUGUAAUUAUUGGUCGAAAUUCUGUACAUUUAUAUUGUGAUACACUUUAAAUAUCGUUGCAAUUCAUUAACUUACAGAAAAAAAAUUUUGGCUUUAAUUUUACUACUGAAAUGUCAAAAUAAAAUUACGGCCUCAUUUCUUUUUUAAAUUUUAAAAUCAUUUAUUUCAAAGACUUAAAAUUGAUUGUUGACUUUUAAAACUUUUUAAAUUAUAAUACGUUUAUUUUUAUACAUUAUUAAUCUUCUUUUCGACUUAACAUGAAAAUGUGCUGAUAAAUCAAAUUUGAAUAUCAUUUGUAAUGAUAACUGCAUGUUUUCAUAUCUUAUCUUAACACCUCAUGAAUGCAUAC